CUUGAAAGUUUUAUUGCAAGCUUGUUACAUCUCUCAGUCUCUCGUCAUGGCUGGUCCAGAGGAGAUGAUGGAUGUGACAGCAGGUGUGAAGCGACCUACUACGUCUUCUAUGGAUUUGGACAGUCUGCAGCGGAAGAAGUUCAAGACGGAUGAGCUGCCUUUGUCCGCGGCGCAGCAUUCGGCCAUUGAGCAUUUGCUGCACGCAUUUAAGAAGAGGGGUGGAUUCGAUACUAUUCGGAAGAAGAUAUGGUCUGAAUUCCAUGACGGGGACGGGAAGGUUGAGUUUACGAAACUACUGGUCGAACUUGCUGAAUCUGAAAUCGAUCGCGAACCCGGUCUACUUUCUCGCGAACGUGGAAAAGCGGCAACUUUGAUCGAAGGUGCCGUGGAUCGAAGCGAUGUCUAUAAAACUGUCGAACAUACCCUUGAUGCGCUGGCCGAGAAACACCUCCCCGCUAUUCUAGAUUCCGUGCGCGAUAUCCGUCGCGACGAGGUUGGCGAGGAGCUUGCCGCACAGGAGGAAACCGCAGGGAACAAAACUGAUGAGGACUACGCCGCUCAUGUGAAGGCGAAACGCGACGAGCGCGAAAAGGUCUGGCAGGAGGAGCUGCGCAAGCAAAAGGAAAUAGAAGAAGAGGAAGCGCGCAAGAAGGCGGAGGAGGAUCGCAAGCGACGUGAGUUGGAACGCCAGAAGGAAGAAGAAGAAAGGGCCAGAAGGAGGGAGCGCGAGGAACAGCGCCGCGAAGAGCAGCGAAAGCUGGAUGAGCAGAGAGAAAAGGAACGACAGGAACGCUACGAACGCCGCCGCCGCGAAGAGCGCGACAGAUAUCGCGAUUGGCGCGAUCGAAGCCGAACUCGAGACCGUGAUUCAGAUCGUGAUAGAGAUAGGGAUAGGGAUCGUUACCGUUACCGAGAUCGCUCGCCAGGCUAUCGCUCUGACCGCGCCCACUCCCCACGGUAUCGCGACUCGCGCAAAGAAAAGUCACCGACUCCGAAAGAACCUACGCCUGCAGCUGCGCCAGCGGCGCCGCCAGUGGACGAGAAGUCGUUGGAGGAGGCGGCGCUACAACUGUUGCUGAAGGAGGGAGAAGAGCUGGCAGCCAAGGCACGACAGAAGCCCGAGUUCGACUUUGAGGAAGCGGAGGCUAUCGAAAAUGGUCUCAAGCCGCCGCCGAAAGGACCCAAGGCUGACUCGAGAUUCUCCAACACUCCGACCAAGGCAGGUAGUCCGGCUGUCGAGGCCGAGCCCAAUCGACGACGCGGAUCAACAGCAGACGAUCGCCCCCGGACAAAGAGGCGCGACGAGAGCCGCAGUCGCUCACGACGGAGGUUCUCCUCCCGGUUUGACGAUGACCGUCCAGAGCGUUCGCGCGAUGUAUCCAGCCAGCCCCGCAAUCGUGACUCGGAUGACCGACUGGUUCUUCGCGAUUUCCGCGAUAACAGAUACGGUGACCGGAGCUAUCGCCCCAGCCGCCGGAGC